GACCGGCAAUAUAGCAUGGUCUUCUUCCUAGGCGCAGCCUUGUGAACACUCCGUUUCCUUUUCCUCCUCCCAUCCGCAAAGGAAGAACUGAAGCUUUGACUUGGUUCUGCCAUGGCCGAGAAACCUGAACCGGUUCGGGUACUAUACUGCUCUGUGUGCAGUUUGCCCCCUGAGUACUGCGAAUUCGGACCUGAUUUCAACAAAUGCAAGCCCUGGUUGAUCCAAAACGUACCGGACCUUUACCCGGAUCUUCUUAAAGAGUUUAAUGAAAAGGAAGCUGAUAAAGUUGCUGAGAAGUUGCAAAAUAGCAGUAUAGCUUCUGAGGCUAGUGAUGGAGCUGCCACCUCAGCACCCAAGCAAGAAGAAGCAAAACGUCUUCCAGGUGGAAAGAUGAAGAAAAAGGAUAAGCAAGAGGUUGUUAUUGAAAAGAUCAUACGAAACAGACGAAAAUGCAUCACAACUGUGAAAGGACUUGACCUUUUUGGUGUCAAACUCAGUGAUGCUUCUAAGAAACUUGGGAAAAAGUUUGCAACAGGAGCCUCUGUUGUGAAGGGACCGACGGAGAAAGAGCAAAUUGACGUUCAAGGGGAUAUAUCAUAUGACAUUGUGGAGUUCAUUACUGAAACAUGGCCUGAUGUACCAGAAACUGCGAUUUUCUUUAUAGAAGAUGGCAAAAAAGUUCCAGCUGUUUGACUUUGAAAUCUGAAAUAUGCUCCUUUUCACAACUGUAAUCUUGAAGGAAUGGGCUGAUGAACUUAUCGGUGAAUUUGAACAAUGUCAGUGGCCUAUGAGGUCCCUUCCCUUAUUAGUGUAUCUUGAAUGAUUCUCUAAUGAGUAUAUGCUUGUUGUCAGAAUCAUAGUGAUCUUGAAUAGAAGGGGUGUGUAUAAAAGCAAAUGAGCAGGGAUUAGUUUCCUUCAUAUUUGUAUCCGCACCAUGGUUUUUGGUCAAUUGAAAGAUGCUUAGGAUAUUUUCUGCUGGACAAAUUUUCUAAUUUUAUAUUUGAAAAAAGCAUAAA